GUGUGAUGGCGCCACACUGCAGACUGAGUGUGUUGCUGAUAGCCCCCCUGACUGGACCACCAUUUUCUGUAAUUUCUACUGGCUGUGAGCUGCAUUAGAAGGAUCCUAGGAGACCAUCAACCCACGCCAUGGAGGCAGUGACCCUGGAGGAUGUAGCUGUAAACUUCACCAUGGAGGAGUGGGCUCUGCUGAAUCCAUCCCAAAAGAAGCUCUACAGAGAUGUGAUGUGGGAAACAUUUAUGAAUAUGACUGCUAUAGGAAAGACCUGGGGUAACCAGCAAUUUGAAGAAGAAUACAAAUAUUACUCAAGAAAUCUAAGUAAGUCAAAGCGAUUCACUGUGGAGAAGUGGCUGACAUCAGGUGUGGAUUUGAUUGUGGAGCAUGUGCAAGUGCAAGAAAGUGGAAGUGCUCAAAAAAUAAAGAGUGUGGCAGCACUGGUGACACCUAUUUCCUUGGCACAAAAGUUGCUGGAGGCACACAGUGAAGGGAACAAUGACAUGGUGAUGAUGGAUGGCUGGAAAACAGAAGAGGAUCAGGGUGAGUAUGAGAGCUCCUUGGGUCACAAAUCUCGUAGGUUUCCUCCAGAUCCCUUGAGGAUCUCAAGAUGGGCCGAAGGAGGAGGGCACUUCCUGUGUCAUGGCGCCAGCGGUGCCCUCUGUGAGUGCAUAGAUGAGAGACCCCUGCUGACUGGACCACCUUUUUCUGUAAUAUUUACUGGCUGCGAGCUGCAUUGGAAGGAUCCUGGGAGACCCUCAAGCCACGCAAUGGAGGCAGUGACCUUGGAGGAUGUACUUGUGAACUUCACCAUGGAGGAGUGGGCCGUGCUGAAUCCAUCUCAAAAGAAGCUCUACAGAGAUGUGACGUGGGAAACAUUUAUGAAUAUGACUGCUAUAGUGACUUUCUAUUUCUAUGGCUACAAUUCAGGAGGUACCUGGGACAACCAGCAAAUUGAAGAAGAACACAAAAGUAGCUCAAGAAAUCUAAGAAAUGAAGAGGUAUUAAAAUUCUAUCAAUAUAAAGCUUGGAAUCAACAUAAGAAAAUAUUCCUUUGGACACCAGAUGCUAAUGUGAACAUGCAACAAGCUGCUUUAAAGCUACCUGAAAGCCUUGCUUAUAGAAAGCCCCUGAUUGGGCAUUUAUCACUAAAUGUGCCCAUUCUACCUCUUACUGGACUGAAGCCACGUGAGUAUGUGGGAUUUGAUGACAAGCUGAGUAACUGUAAUGACUAUGGAAAAUCCUGCAGUGAUUACCAGUCCCUUCAGAAGCAUGCAAGGACAAAGACUGGAGAGAAACCCAAUCAAUAUGAGCAAUGUGGGAAAACGUACUCUGAUCUUAGUGAAAGAACUCACCCUGGAGGGAAGACUAUUGUAGGUUAUAAAAGAGUGGAAGUCUUCAAUACUCCCAAUGGUAUUGAAAACCAUGAAAGAACUCACACUGGGAGGAAAGCAUAUGUAUGCAAGCAAUGUGGGAAAACAUUCAAUACGCAGAGUUGUCGUAUAAUUCAUGAAAAAUUUCACAUUUGGGAGAAACCCUAUGUAUGUAUGCAAUGUGGAAAAAGAUACGCUGAUACCUCUGCAUUUAAUAGACAUAAACGAACCCAUACUGGUGAAAAACCCUAUGUAUGUAAGCAAUGUGGGAAAGCAUUUACUACACAGAGUUACUGUAAAAUACAUGAAAGAAUUCACACUGGGGAGAAACCCUAUGCAUGUAAGCAAUGUGGAAAAGCAUUCACAAUACAGAGUAACUGUAAAAUGCAUGAAAGAAUUCAUACUGGGGAGAAACCCUAUGUGUGUAAGCAGUGUGGGAAAGCAUUCAGCACACACAGUUACUGUCAAAGCCAUGAAAGAAUUCACACUGGGGAGAGACCAUAUGUAUGUAAACAGUGUGGGAAAGCAUUCGCUACACAAGGUUACUGUCAGUUGCAUGAAAGAAAUCACACUGGGAAGAAAACUUUUGUGUGCAAGCAGUGUGGAAAAGCAUUCACUUCACAGAGCUGGUAUAAAAUACAUGAAAGGAAUCACACUGGGGAGAAACCCUAUGUAUGUAAACAAUGUGGGAAAGCAUUCAUUGCACACAGAUAUUGUCAAGAACAUGAAAAAACUCACACUAGUGAGAAACCCUAUAAUUGUAAGCAAUGUGGAAAAAGAUUUGGUGAUAAAUCUGCAUUUCGUAGACAUAGACAAACCCACACUGGUGAGAAACCCUAUGUAUGUAACCAGUGUGGGAAAGCAUUCAGUAGAAAGAGUUCUUAUAACUUACAUGAAGAAAGUCACAAAGGGGAGAAACCAUAUGUAUGCAAGCAGUGUGGGAAGGCAUUCACUACACACAAAUAUUGUCAAAUACAUGAAAGAAUUCACACUGGGGAGAAACCUUAUGUGUGCAAGCAAUGUGGAAAAGCAUUUGCUACAAAAAGUUCUUAUAACAUACAUGAAAAAAGUCACACAGGGGAAAAACCUUAUGUGUGCAAGCAAUGUGGAAAGGCAUUCAUUACACACAAAUAUUGUCAGACACAUGAAAGAAUUCACACUACAGAGAAACCUUACGUGUGUAAGCAAUGUGGGAAGUCAUUCACUACACACAAAUAUUGUAAACGACAUGAAAGAACUCAUACAGAUGAGAAACCUUAUGCAUGUAAGCCAUGUGGAAAAAGAUUUGCUAGUGAGUCUUCUUUUUAUAGACAUAAAUCUCACACUGGAGAGGAACCCUUUGGAUAUAAGGAAUGUGGGGAAAGCAUUCAGUGAACACAGUUUUUAUGAAGUACAUGAAAGAAGUCACACUGGAGAGUGACCCCCUAUAUAUGUAAGCCUAUUUUGAAAAUCCUGUCAAAAUUCCUCAUGUAGUGACCUGUACACAUUAAAUGAAAAAUUUGAUGACAAUAUUUCUUAAAUUUUCCAGAAAGUACACUCAGACAGAGGUAUCAUAGAAUGUAUCCCUUCUGUUUUUUUCAGUAAAUCAUUUAUAUCUGAACAAUGUAUCUGUAGUCUUUACUAUAAAAAGUAUUGACAUAUUUUUGUGUGUCAUUAUCUUUGAAAUUAACAUAUAGAAUCUUCUAAUAAAACAAGGUGUAUUGAAAUGUAUUUCUUACUUCCAAAUAGGGUUAGUGUUUAUGUAGUUUUGAUUUUAUUCUUUUACUAUUUGGAGGCAUAGACCACUAAAUGACAAAUUUUAUUAAUUGUAUUUUAAUUGAUGGGAUUUCCCACUAGCUUUGAUUUUAAUUAUCUUGGUGUAUAUACUUCACAUUCUGUGUAAAAAAGAUAAUUUUGAAUUUGAUGUUACAUAUGUAUAUGUGUGCAUAUUUAGAGACAUGUGAAUGUGUGCUUUUGACAAAAUUCAAUUGUUUUCACACAACUUGCAGAUUACCAAAUGGUUUGUUUUUCACAGCCUAACAAGAUACUUGAAUAUAUCCCAACAUAGUUAUAUUAUUUCAAAUAUGUAAUUUCACCUGUUUUACUUUCAGGUUGGGGUCAAUAUUAUGAUUUACAUAAAAUUUUGUUUUCUUCCCAUCAACA